UGGAAGCGAAAAAGUAUUGAAAGAAAGGUUUCAAAUCUGACUUAAUUGAAGGUCUCCAAGUCCAAGGGGGAAAUACUGAUUAAAGGAGAGCGAGAACCAGAACCAGAGGGAACGUGGAAGGAUCUUAAGUGUGGGAAUCGAGAACUCCUCAACUGUCACCCUCCCAAUUCCCCAUCAAUGUCGUUUUAGGUUUCGACAGGAGAGAAGAAGAAGAUAGAAAGAUAGAGAGCUUGAAAUGUUUUUAUCUGUUUCUGAUUCGCGUAAAGAGGAAAUGGUUGCAUAUUUUUAGGUAUUUUCUUCCCCUAUUUUUGGGUUUCUCUUUCGGAUUCCUUGUGAAUUGUGACCGUGAAAGAGCUCGCGCGUCCUCUGCUUUUUGGCCUGUGCUCUCUGCCUCUCUGUCGUUGUGUUGGUGAAGUCUGUUUUGUGCUCUUGAAAGGACUGCUUAACUAGAGGAGUAGAAGAAGAAGUCAUUACUUUGAGGGAGAAAAGAAUGGGGAAUUCGUUUGGAUGCUCGGCGUCAGGGGAGAGAUUGGUGUCGGCAGCGAGGGAUGGGGACUUGGUGGAAGCAAAGAUGUUGCUGGAGUUCAACCCUGGCCUCGCCAAGUACUCUACCUUUGGUGGCCUUAACUCUCCUCUCCACUUCGCUGCUGCUAAAGGCCAUAACGAGAUUGUCGCCUUGUUGCUUGAGAAUGGUGCCGACGUCAACUCCAGGAAUUACUGUGGCCAGACUGCUUUGAUGCAGGCUUGCCGGUAUGGGCAUUGGGAAGUCGUUCAGACACUUCUGCUCUUCAGAAGCAAUGUUACUAGAGCGGACUACCUCAGCGGUCGGACAGCACUGCACUUUGCGGCUGUAAAUGGGCAUGUUAGGUGUAUAAGACUCCUUGUGGCGGAUUUCAUCCCCAGCGUUCCGUAUGAAGUUGGCAGUGCUCAAACCAGUGGUGAUAAGGGGGAUGGUUCAAAAUUGAGGACCAAAUACGACCAACCUGCACUUUCCAAGUUUGUGAACAAGGCUGCAGACGGUGGUAUAACUGCUCUUCAUAUGGCUGCGCUGAAUGGGUAUUCUGAUUGUGUACAGCUUCUACUUGACAUUAAUGCAAAUGUCUCAGCUGUCACAUUUCACUACGGAACAUCAAUGGAUUUGAUAGGGGCAGGAAGCACUCCUUUGCAUUAUGCUGCUUGUGGAGGAAACCUAAAAUGCUGUCAGAUCCUUAUUUCAAGAGGGGCUAGCCGGUUGACAUUGAACUGCAAUGGGUGGCUGCCACUGGAUGUUGCGAGGAUAUGGAGUCGUCAUUUGCUCGAACCACUUUUGGCACCCAAUUCUCAGUUGAUAGUACCAACAUUUCCUCCAUCCAAUUAUCUUUCUCUGCCUCUCAUGAGUGUUCUUAAUAUAGCAAGAGAAUGUGGAUUGCAAUCUUCCAUUACAACAUCCGAUGAUAAUGAUACUUGUGCUGUCUGCCUGGAGCGUGCAUGUACUGUAGCUGCUGAAGGUUGUGGACAUGAGCUCUGUGUUAGGUGUGCACUCUAUCUAUGCUCGACCAGCAACAUCCCUUCUGAAAUGGUUGGUCCACCAGGAUCCAUUCCAUGUCCACUGUGUAGACAUAGCAUAGUAUCUUUUGUGAAAUUGCCUGAUUCCCCAGCUAAGGAGCUCAAAGUACAUCUAUCUCUUGGCCUCUGUACCCCAUGCAUGCUACACCGUUGUGAUCCAGAUAUGCCUACAUCAGCCUGGAGACCUGAGAUCCGCAAGAACCGUGUUGCGUCAAUCUCUUCAGAUCUUCUAUGCCCCGUCUCCUGUAGUCCAUUCCCAUCUGUUGCAAUUCCUUUGUGCGCAUGCAAUGAUUGUCCAUGCCCAUCUCUGGAACCCCAGGAAGGAGAAACAAGAGAGGAAUCUUCUGCUGACACACAAGGCAUAUCAGUGGAGGAAGAUAAAAUGGAAGCAACUAGACUAGUGAAAGCUAGUUGUUCAAGUAUUUUCUGGAACAGAAGAAGCUGCCACAGGGAACAUCAGUGCAAUUCAGAAAUAAAUGCUUGAUUUAUAUAUUGGAGAAGCCUAUUUGUAGAAAGCUAGUGUGUUGAUGUGAAAUAGAUGCACAGGACAUGGUUUUGGUCUUGAUCUGCAGUCAUGGAGGAUAUUCAUUCUAUCUACAUGCUCGUUCCACCGCUGCCAACAUCCUUGAAAUAGCGACAUGGUGAUUGAUAUCAUUGCCCACUAAAAGCUUUCAUCGGAGAUUAGAGCUGGAAGAGUCUUUGGAAGAUGGAUUUGUGAUCUCUAUGGGAGUCAUAGGAAUGUAAUUGGAUGAACAGUGAUACGUCAUACAUUUUUAUUCAUUUUUCCUCAUAUAUAUAUAUUUUUAUUUCUUU